GGCGCUCCGGGCGGGUUCGCUCUCUUUUUAUCUCGGUCCGCCCGGGUGUUUGCUUUCUUGUCCCUUCGCGUCACGUUGAGAGACGCAUCCUAAACUCUUGAUCCUUCCCUCUAUCGCGGCUGUGGUCUUUGGGUCUUGCAAAAUGGCCGACGGCCCGGACUGCGCGAGUGAGCAACUGAAGCGGUGGCAAGAUCUGCGAGGCUCACAGAAACCAGAUGUCUUGACCACAGGAGCAGGAAUUCCAGUGGGAGACAAGUUGAACAUUUUAACGGUUGGUCCACGAGGCCCUCUCUUGGUUCAGGAUGUGGUUUUUACUGAUGAGAUGGCACACUUUGACCGAGAGAGGAUUCCUGAGAGAGUUGUGCAUGCCAAAGGAGCAGGAGCAUUUGGUUAUUUUGAAGUGACUCAUGAUAUCACAAAAUAUUGCAAAGCAAAGGUAUUUGAGCACAUUGGAAAAAGAACUCCAAUUGCUAUCCGAUUCUCCACAGUUGCUGGAGAAGCAGGUUCAGCUGAUACAGUUCGUGACCCUCGAGGUUUUGCAAUGAAAUUUUAUACAGAAGAUGGUAACUGGGAUCUUGUUGGAAACAAUACUCCCAUCUUCUUUAUCCGGGAUGCAAUACUGUUUCCAUCCUUCAUCCACACCCAGAAGAGAAACCCACAGACUCAUCUGAAAGAUCCAGACAUGGUAUGGGAUUUCUGGAGUCUCCGUCCUGAGUCCCUACACCAGGUAUCAUUCCUGUUCAGUGAUCGUGGCAUUCCAGAUGGGUUCCGCCAUAUGAAUGGCUAUGGAUCACAUACUUUUAAACUAGUGAAUGCCAGUGACAAAGCAAUAUACUGCAAAUUUCAUGCAAAGACUGAUCAGGGAAUCAAAAACCUUUCUGUUGAGGAAGCAGCAAGACUGGCUUCGGAAGAUCCUGACUAUGCCCUGCGUGAUCUUUAUAAUGCUAUUGCUAAUGGAAACUAUCCAACUUGGAGUUUCUACAUCCAGGUUAUGACAUUUGAACAAGCUGAGAGAUUUCCAUUUAAUCCUUUUGAUUUAACUAAGGUUUGGCCUCACAAAGACUAUCCUCUCAUCCCUGUGGGAAAAAUGAUCUUAAACAGGAACCCUGUCAAUUAUUUUGCUGAGGUGGAACAAAUUGCUUUUGACCCAAGCAAUAUGCCCCCAGGCAUUGAACCUAGUCCUGAUAAAAUGUUACAGGGACGUCUUUUCUCAUAUCCAGAUACUCACAGGCACCGUUUGGGACCCAACUAUCUUUCAAUUCCAGUAAAUUGUCCCUACCGAGCUCGAGUGGCCAACUACCAGAGGGAUGGAUUUAUGUGUGUGUCUGACAACCAAGGUGGAGCCCCAAACUACUAUCCAAACAGUUUUACUGGUCCUGAGGAACAGCCCACCUUAAAAGAGACUCGUGUACUUAUUUCAGGUGAUGUGACACGUUUCAAUAGUUCUAACGAAGAUAAUGUGUCCCAGGUACGAGACUUCUAUACCAAAGUACUGAAGGAGGAUGAACGCGAGAGGCUGUGUGAGAGCAUUGCUGGCCAUCUUAAGGAUGCUCAGCUGUUCAUCCAGAAGAAAGCAGUGAAAAACUUUACUGAUGUUCAUCCUGAUUAUGGUGCACGGAUUCAAGCUUACUUGGACAAAUACAAUGCUCAGAGUAGCAAGAAGGGAUGCAUUCAUACCUAUACAGAUCCGUCAUCUCAUGCUGUUGUGAAGGAAAAAGCUAAUUUGUGAAUGGCAUCAUCUCUGAUUUGUUGGUCCCAUUACCAAACACUUUGUUACAUGGGACUUGUAUCUGUCCAAUUGGAAAAUAAGCUGUGGAAGUUGUUGACAAAACUGGUAAACGUUCAUGUUUUGCAGAAAUGUGUCUUGGGCUGGUAGCUGCAACAUAAAAAUAUUCAAGAUUGCAUUUAUGGUAACAAGUUAAUAGAAUGAUAACCAUAUGCCUUCUAGAAUUAUCUAACAGUCUAUGCCAGCAAUAACUUUUAAGUCAUUAAAAUGUAUUUUCUACAAUAGCUUGGUUGCGUUUUGCAGAUUUAUCAUUUUUCUUUCUAUUUUAAUUCUUUCUGCAUCUAUUUUCUGAAAAGAGAUAAUUCUGAUACCUUUACUAGCAAGCUGACGUCAGUAUUAUAAUAAGUAAACAAAUCAUCAUUGUAUUGGUAUUUUAAAAUUAAAAGGCAAAUAUCAAGAAAUAUGCAUAAUCAAUCCUGAAAUUGCUUUUUGAUUGAUUAAGCUCAAUUGCUAAUUCAUUUGAAAACUGCUUCUACAACCUCUUUUGCAAAAGAAUUAUAUGCAAGUAAAAGCUUAGCUUGUUUUGGUGCUAAAAUUUGGUUUGAUAAAGCUAAAGUGGGUUACAUUAGGUAUGUUUGAAACAGAAGAUUUGAAAAUUGAGUGUGGAUCUUUUUUACAAUGCAAAUUUUAAAGAAUAAAAUUAUAAUAAAAAUGUA